CACUCAAUUUAAUUCUUCAUUCACUCUCAUCAUUUAAUUUACUUGUUUAAUUACCGUCAACAGUUGCAUGGUGAAAGCAUCCGAUCAGCAGCCGGCCGGCGGCGAUGCAGUGGCGUCGCCGCCGCCGCCGCCGUCGUCGUCGUCGUGCAAGUACAAGGGUGUGAGGAAGCGUAAGUGGGGCAAAUACGUGUCGGAAAUCAGGCUGCCCAAUUGCAGGCAGCGGAUCUGGCUCGGGUCCUACGACACCGCCGAGAAGGCGGCGCGUGCCUUCGACGCGGCGCUAUUCUGCCUCCGCGGUCGGAACGCCAAGUUCAACUUCCCGGACAAUCCGCCGGAUAUCGUCAACGGCAGGUCCAUGACGCCGGCGGAGAUCCAGGUCGUGGCAGCCCGGUUCGCUCGAUUCGGGUCGGACUCGGGUCGGGCCGACAACAUGGAUUCGCAGUCGUCAGACCACUCCUUGUCGUCGGAGGCGUUUCAGCAUGCGGAAUCGCAAUCGCCGUCGCCGUCAAUGUCGGAUGGACCGCCUCAACUCGAAACUGAAAUUACCGAAUCGCCCCUGGACAAUUCAUUAGUGGACCAGUUUAUCAACAUGGGCACGGAGAGUAAUAACGUCCCCGACUUCGGGCUAUUUCCGGGAUUUGAUGACUUCCCAGGCGAUUUUAUGUUGCCACCGUUCGAUCCCUGGCCAGACAAUUCCGAUGAUUUUUCUUCACAGAAUUCAUGCCUUUGGAACUUUAAAUUUUAAAAUUAAACCCCUCAAAAAAAAAAAAAAAAAAAAGCUAACACCCCCCUCACCCCCCCCCCCCCUUGAUUAAUUAUUAUAUUAUUACUACUAACUAAUACUGCUACUACUCCUUUUUGAGAUCAGAACAUUCUAGAUUUUUUUUUAUUAUUAUUAUUUUUAAAAUUCUUGAUUCUAGAAUGACUGGUCUUUUUACUUAUUUGAUUAUUUAAUCAUAUUUUUAUAAAUGUGCAUGGCACAGCGUUUAUGAUAUUUUUUCGAUUCAUUGGGGUGGAUGUAUGAAUUUAUGUUGUAUAAGCUAAGCAGCUGUGUCCCAACGUCGUCGUUUUGCUGUUGCUAAGUGUUUUAUAAUUAACACGAAGCGAAGUGUAUUUAUAUGAGAAUUCCACUUGGAGCA